UAAUUACCGUAUUCAGUGUUGCAACCUGCACAAAAAUUUAUGUCUAUUGUCGAAAUUUCGUCUCAACGACACUAGUACUAGUAGUAGCCUAGUGUAAUGAAAAUGUUGCGAUUAUGAACGAACAUUCGACACUUACGUUUAUGAGAAAAGAAAAUUCACUUUUUUUUUUCUUUUUGCAGCUUAACAUAAUGUGAAACACACAUUAAAACUAUUUCAACUGUAUACCUCAGUCUUAUGAAACCAGUUUUAAAUGUUUUAUUAAUAUUUUUAAAUAACAUAAUUUGAUUGUAUAGGUCAUUGGUUAGGCCAUAUUUGGAGUAUUGUCUUAGGUGUAGUCUUACCUUAGAAUGGCUAUUGAACUAUUAGGAAGGGUGCAGAGGAGGUUUACUAAAAUGAUAUGUGGGAUAUAAACGUUGUCAUAUCAGGACAGAUUGAGUUCUGUGUAGUUAUUUUCUCUUUUAAAAAAGAUGAGUUGGGAUGUUAUUGAAGUUUUUAAGAUUUGUUAAGAAGUUUCCAGUAACAGUAAUACACAUUAUGGGAAGACGUAAAAGUAAAAGGAAACCUCCUCCGAAAAGAAAAGCAAUUGAGGCAUUGGAGACACAGUUCACAUGUCCAUUUUGUAAUCAUGAAAAGUCUUGUGAUGUAAAGAUGGAUAGACAAAGAAAUACUGGACAGAUUACAUGUAGAGUAUGUAUGGAAGAUUUUCAGACAUCAAUAAACUAUCUGUCUGAACCAAUUGAUGUUUACAGUGAUUGGAUUGAUGCUUGUGAAAAUGCUAAUCAAUAAAGAAAGUGGAUGUAAAGUUUGAAAAUAUAUCUCAUUUAAUUACUUUGAUCUGAAUUAUGAAAAUCAUUGUAUGAAUGCAUUGGCCACUACCUUUUAUCAGUUUUUGAGAAACUAAAAUUAGAAGUUUCUCAAAUGUAAGCAAUUUAAAUAUGAUGUUAACAAAAACUGAUAUCAAAUCUUUAUUACAUUAACUUUAUUAAUUUUUUUUUUACCAUAAAGUUUGUGGUACAAAAAUUCUUUGUUUUUGUGUUUAGUAACUUUCAGGUGUGCAUGUAUAGUCAGUAUUUGUUUCCUAAAUGAUAAUGUAAUUUUAUAAAUGUACAGUGGCAGUGCACUUUACAUUAGGAGAAAAAUGAGAAAUGACAAUUUAAUAUAUAUGUUUGUAAUUUUUUCUAUGGCAAUUACUGUAUUAAUGGUUGUCAUAUUUUUUGUAUUCAAAAACAAAUUUUCAGGUAUAGAAAUGUAUGCCUGAAAGGUCAAUUUCUUAGUGAAUGCACUUAUAUGUUAUGAUGAAUUAUGGAAAAUAUUUGAUUUUUGGUGCUGGAGUCUCAAAGUUCCUAUGAAAUAUAUCAGAUUCUAUAAACUUGAAAGUUGCAUUUAUUCACUUUAAAGUUAAGAAGUAAAUCUUUCCUUCAUAUACUUGGAAUAAUUAACAUCUUGAAAGAACAAUAUAAAUGCAGUUUUUUCAUUUGGAAGUCUCUCACUCUCAGAAACAUGGUCCAUCAGAUCAGAAGAUGUCAUCAAUUGUUACUACUAUCUUUCAUUUAAGAAUGAGUACACAUUUUAUUUGAAAUCUCAAUGACAGUAGGGAUAAUGUCAGAAAGUGUUGCUUGAAAGCUGUAAUAAAGUGAACUUUACAAAUAGA